AUGGCCCCCCCUCUCAACCUCGUCCCCCAGGUCCAGCUUACCAGUCACAACUGCCUUGAAGGCGGCAUACCCCCUCGCUUCCCUUCUGUUAUCUUCCAUACGACGACUUCUCGCGGACCGAGUCUUGGUGUCAACGCGGCCGAACUGGCCUACAGAGGUCACGCACACUUCGGACAGUUUCUUCAUAACAACUUUGACUGCCCUCUUCCCGGCUGCUCUAAAAUUUCACUCCAUCUAUCGUGGCCCGGUUACCCUGACUGCAACACCGUCUUUCCCAUCGAUGUCAUUUCUCCAAAGGGCGGACCUGCAACCAGGAUGGACAUCAUCAUUGCAAUUGUGGAAGCGAUUACGACCUUCUUCCAGAGAGCGUGCAAGCACACGGUUCAGGCCCAGCACGCUCAGUGGAAAAUCGCGAAAGACAGGGAUGGGAUUAUGGUCCAGGAUUUAUGGAUUAUCUCCAUGAACAACAAGUGUGGCGACAUGUGGCAAGUGGACCUGAACUACAUACCCUCUCGCCACUGA